UAAGAAAUUAACCUCACUUUAGUUUUUCUCGUAAAAUAUUUGUUUAUUUUGUAUGGUAAACCCCUGUUGUAUUAACGAUGAUCACGUUGUCGCAACGUUUGAAAAAGCAACAAGAUCAAGGCGUAUUAAAUAAUAGAAUAUCGGUUAGAGAUCGACUAUUAGCCCGGGAGUUACAAGAGCUAGCCCAAGUUCUUCCAACCAAUUGUCUUGUUAAUCAUGACAACGUUAACGAUUUAAGUUCCUUCAUGUUAAUUAUUAAACCUACCGAAGGCUUUUGGCAAGGUGGUUCUUUUAAAUUUGGGGUAAAUGUUACAGAAGAGUAUAAUAUGGUGCCACCCAUUGUAAAAUGCCUUACGAGAUUGUGGCAUCCAAAUAUUAGUGAAGGUGGGGAAGUGUGCCUAUCACUAUUGCGACAGCACAGUGUCGAUGGUCUCGGUUGGUCACCUACGAGAAGGCUCAACGAUGUCCUCUGGGGAUUACUAGCUUUAUUUACUGAUUUACUUAAUUUCGACGAUCCACUUAAUAUAGAAGCAGCAGAUAUGUAUAGAACAAGCAGAGAAGAAUUCCAGAAAAAAGUUAACGAGUAUGUCAUUAAGUACGCAAUUGAUUAACUUUGGAAGACUAUAGUUGGGUAUUGUUUACGGAAAAUUUUAAAUUCUAAAUAUAUUGUGAUUUAUAUUGGCGAGAUCAUUAACCAAAAUGUUUUAGAUGAUUCAAUAAUAACAUUGUGCUGCUAGUGUAAAAGAUCUCGGAUUUAUUUAAUUUUAUUCAAAGAAAAUGUUAUUGGGUAUUUCUCGUUCUCUUUUUACAUUUUAAGAUUCAACUGUUUUUUUAUACAAUGUAACAACAGAACAAGGUACAAAUUUCAUUUUCCAUAGCUUGUCAUGCCAGUUGGUUUAGUGGAAUAUAUUUUUGUAACAAUUGUACAGUUUCGCAUAUUGUAGUGGUCCACUAGUACUUCCGUUUUUUUAAAUGUUUAUGUUGUGUGUGAUUUUGAACUCAUUCACCAUAUAUUAUUAGACUACAUUUUUUUCCAAUUUUGUCAUACAUAUCCACUAGAUGUAGAAUUUAUGGAACGUCGACUACUUCCAAACUAGCAAACACCAUUUUUGUAUACACAUGAUGCCUUGAGUUAAUAUAUUUAUUACUUUAUUUGUGA